AGCAUGGACUUCGCCCGCCUCUGGCUAGGGCUGCUCCUGCCUUUGGUGGCCGCGCUGGAUUUCAGCUACCACCACCAGGAAGAGAUGGAAGCGUUUUUGAAGAACGUUGCCCAGAACUACAGUUCCGUCACCCACUUACACAGUGUCGGGAGGUCGGUGCAAGGCAGAAACCUGUGGGUUCUUGUUGUGGGACGCUCACCAAAGGAACACAGAAUUGGGAUUCCAGAGUUCAAAUACGUGGCAAACAUGCACGGAGAUGAGACUGUCGGGCGGGAACUGCUGCUACAUUUAAUUGAAUAUCUCGUAACCAGCGACGGAAAAGACCCUGAAAUCACCAGGUUAAUCAAUAGUACCCGGAUCCACAUCAUGCCUUCAAUGAACCCAGAUGGAUUCGAAGCUGUCAGAAAGCCUGACUGUUUUUACACUAACGGAAGGGAAAAUAAUAACUUCUAUGACCUGAAUAGAAAUUUCCCCGAUGCUUUUGAAUUUAAUAAUGUAUCAAGGCAGCCUGAAACUGUGGCAAUCAUGGAGUGGCUGAAAACAGAGACAUUUGUCCUCUCUGCAAACCUCCACGGUGGUGCCCUGGUGGCCAGUUACCCAUUUGAUAAUGGUGUUCCAGCAACUGGGACAUUGCACUCCCGGAGCUUAACCCCUGAUGAUGAUGUUUUUCAAUAUCUUGCCAAUUCCUACGCUUCCAGAAAUGUCAACAUGAAGAAAGGAGAUCAGUGUAAAAGCAAAAUGAACUUUCCCAAUGGGAUUACAAAUGGAUACUCUUGGUACCCGCUCAAAGGUGGGAUGCAAGAUUAUAACUACAUCUGGGCGCAGUGCUUUGAAAUUACGUUGGAGCUGUCGUGCUGUAAAUACCCUCGCGAGGAGAAGCUUCCGCUCUUCUGGGAGUCUAACAAAGCCUCGCUGGUUGAAUACAUAAAACAGGUGCACCUAGGUGUAAAGGGUCAAGUUUUUGAUCAUAAGGGAAAUCCAUUACCCAAUGUAAUUGUAGAAGUCCAAGACAGAAAACAUAUCUGCCCCUAUAAAACCAACAAAUUUGGAGAAUAUUACCUUCUUCUCUUGCCUGGGUCAUAUACGUUAAAUGUUACAGUCCCUGGACAUGAGCCACACCUCACAAAGGUGAUUAUUCCAAAAAAAUCCCAGGACUUCAGUGCUCUUAAAAAGGAUAUUUUACUUCCACUCCAAGGGCAAUUGGAUUCUAUCCCAGUAUCAAAUCCUCCAUGUCCUAUGAUUCCUCUAUACAGAAUUUUGCCAAGCCACUCAGCUGCAACAAAGCCUUGCCUGUUCUUAUUUUUAGUGACUCUUUUUCACAUAUUGUUCAAAUAAAGCAAAAUGUGAAACUCAACCCCAUCACCACCUGGAAUCAGGGAUCACUCAUGCCAGGUUACUGCAAAUCUAACUCCCUCCGUGGGACAACUGGACAAACUCCACUGUCCUUCCCUAAGAAGAUAAAUGGUUGUUUCCAAAUCCUGCAACAAGCAAUGUGCGGUGAUAACGAAAGGAAUGAUUUAGUCUUGAUGAUGAAUGGAAGACACCCACCUAUCCAGUACUGCCCACUUACACUGAAUUUUAAAGUUGUCUUAAAAAUCUGUAAGAAGUUAAACUUGAGAAGCAAAAAUGAAGUUCCUGCAAGAAAAAAAAAGAAGCUAAUUCUGUAUAGAGUGAGACAGAUGGAUAUAACCAAUGAACGUGAACAUUUAUUGAUCACCUAUCAUAUGCCACACCUUGCUGUGAGUCCUAUAUAUGAAGAGAGAGUGCCAUAUAUCAUAGUUCCCAGGGCAGGGAAAAAUGUUGACAGGACUAGGUAUAUUUAGUUUUGCAGAUGUUCUAAGGAAAUAUGAAAGAAGAUAGGCAACCAUGUCUCAGUGGCCCAAGAAAAUGUGGGCCUAAUGGAAUGAGAAGGUGGUGCCGACAGAGUCCCAAAACAAGGGGUCAAUUAAGUAAGUGUCCCUGCCAUUCUGUACCUGAAUGCCACAGUCUUGUUAUGCUGAUAACCCCCAAAUGUGUAAUUCUUGCCUCUUGCCUGAGCUUCAGACUCCCAUCCAACAGCCCACUGGAUAUAUAUCCACCUGGAUGUGACCCAGAGGUAGCUCAAACUCCUGUCGAAAACUGAACAUACUUUUCUCCCUAGACUUGCUCUUCCGCCUGUGUUCUCUCAGUUACCGGCACCACCAAACUGGAAACCUGGGAGUCAUCAUCCCAUAUAUUCAGUCCAUCACUAAAGACUGAUGUUAACUAUAAGUGCUGAUUGAUUCUACACACCCCACCCCACCCCACCCCCCCGGCUACUAACACUGCCACGUUUCGGCCGUCACAGCUCACCUGCACCGCUGUAACGGCUUUCCCCGUCUCUUGCUCCCAGCUUUCUCCUCUCCAGAACCAUCCUCCGCACAGUGCUGGGGAAGGGGGUCGCUUUAAAACAAAAAUCCACAGCCUACUGCUUGUAGUUCCUACACACCUAAUGCCGUGUGUCCCCUGUGCCUGGAAUGCCAUCCUGACCCACAUCUUCUUCCUCCCGCCUCCUUUAAAGCUCAGUCCAGGCAUCGACUCCUCCAGGAAGCCUUUGCUGACGGUCAUCCCAUUCCUCCCCAUUUCACCCCCGCCCAGUCAAUCUGGGGGACCCUCCUCUUUGCUCCCCAAAUGAAACUGGUUUCCUCGACUAUCGGAUUUAUGACACUAUUAUAAUCUUCUACUUCCAGGAGGGAUUUUUCUCUAGUAGAGUGUGAGCUCUUUGGGACCGGGGGCUAUUUAAUUUUUUUAAAAAAUACAUUUUUAUAUCCUCAGAGAACAUAUUAGGAACUGAAAGAAUGAACAAAGGGUUCCGGCAAUCUACUACUCCCUCUCUCCCCCAGAAACUGUAGAGGGCUUCGAGUCAUUUAAUGAAACUAGAUCCCAUGCGUUGGCAAUUUCCAGUUCCCUAGUAACACUGACUGAAGUUUUUUCAUAUAUGUAUCAAGAAAUAAAUUCAAAUACGGUGCUUUCAGUGGACUUUGCAUUUAUCCUAAGGUUCAUAGUAAAGAUAUUAUGUUACCUGUUAACACUAUAGCUACCUUUUUUUAAUUGAAAAACAAAAUUUUUACCAUCAGUACUCAACAGGAAGCAAUUACUCUCCACUAUAAUAAGAUUAACCCAACUUAAAACAUGUGUAAGAAUUAAGGGGAAAUGUCAAACAGAAAAUGAACCUAUACCGGGGUUGGUACAUGGUGAAAGACUGUGAACCAUACACAAAUGGGAGGUAUGUGGGCUUUAGGAGCUAUUCUUGUGCCCAGCUUAUUCUAUCUACACAAAAUCAUACAUGUUUAAACAGAAUUUGUAAUCUUUUAAUCACUUCUUUUAAAUCUGGUAAUAACCUAAAUAUCUUGAUCAUUUUUAUUUAAAUAAGCCAUAAUUCAUUAUACUUGAAAGUAUAUGUUAAUAUAUUGCAGAAAAUGAUUUGGUAUAUUACAUAUAAAAGUAAUGAAAUUUGGCUUGAUUUACCAUUAAGCCCUAAGCAAUUUUUCAAUCAGGCAUUAUGAGUUCUAACUUUUCCAAGAUAGCAAUUCUUUAUCUUUUUUAAUCUUAUUUUUUAUUCUUUUAUUGUUAAAUUUAUUGGGGUGACAUUGGUUAAUAAAAUUAUGAUAGCAAUUUUUGAAGAAACAUGAACCAAAAUCUGGAUUGGUUCAUGAACCAUAAUGUUAAGGAAAUGUUUUUUAAAUCAGAAAUUUUAUCAGAAUCAAUUAUUUAGAUAUAAGCAAAACAAUGAAAAUAAUCUCCAAACCAAAUCUACACCAAACUUGAAUUUAAUUCAGAGGAGGUUUGGGAUACAUAUUUUCAGCAAUGGCUGUGCCCCAGUUUGUAGCAAGGGUUUAGUAAAUACAGCUACACCCUCUACUAAUCCAGUGAAGUGUCCAAGAGGAGAAACAACUAUGGAAUUCUGACUACCGUCCGACCAAAUCCCCACAUCUCCCCGCAUUUAAGGCCCUUCCCCUCUCUCGUAUGUUCCUCAGAUUCUAAGUUCAGGUAUAACUCCUUUUAUAGAGAAACCAAUAUGCUAAAGGUUUUCAAGAUAGAAGAAAAGAUAGCACGUACGUGGAAAUAAAAUGUUUAUUGGGCAGGUGGAGCUCUGGGUUCAAACCCACCCCACAUUGUUUCCUUACCUGUAAAAUGAAGGCGUCUGCUUGACUGAUUCUGUGACUGUCAGCAGCAGUGGUGUAAGAGCCACACAGGUGCUGUUUUUGGUGCUUGCCCAGGUGGAGGAAGGAUAAUUAACACUCAGUGGUAUUUUAAAGGCAAUGUAACUUUUCCAGGACCAAAUCUUUUGCCUCAGAUACAAACAGAAUUGGUCUGAAAACUGAAAACAUUGUUUAGCUAGAAUAAUCAUUUAAUUAUAUUUAAGGAAACUUUCAUGAAGUAACUGAUGUACCUACUCAAAUUCUGUAAGAAUUAGUGAAUCUAGGUGGUGGGGGUUAAAGCAAUGUUGUUAACUCCUGCAGAUAAGUGUCAGUAUUGAUUCUGGUGCCUCAUUUGUCACAUUCAGACAAGCUGUUGAGCGUACUCAACAUUCUGUUCCAGAAGCAAGGUUGCAUGUUCUGCCUUCAGAAAGUAAAAAUAUCUGACACUUGAUUGGAAAUAUCUUUUCCUUGGGAAUCCAGAAAAAUGAGCAUAGCAUAUUGUCUCAUGGCAACAGCGUAAGUUGCUUACUGAAAAGUUUCUUUGUACACAGUGAAAAUACCAGUUAAUAUCUAUUUUAUGACAGAUCCCUUAUAUCUUCAUGACUUUACAUGGGGAGAAAGGGAGAAAAUCGUUAAAGAGGAAAAAAAUUUAACACCUAAAACAGAAGUUUGGAGAAAGUCUAACUUUGUUAUAGGCUUUUUCUCACUAAUAAGCAGGUAUUGUACUGUAUUGCUUACAAACUGUUUAUCAGGCUUUAGCAUAUGAACUACUCCACAUUUAUAGAUGUUUCACGAUGAUUUUCAGUUUUCUCGGUGACUUUCUAAUUAAGAACUUUAAGUGAGCAAAUUAAGACUGUAAAGUUUUAUUGGGUAUUGGCCAUGACUACCUCUGAACUCAGUAAAUGUAGACUGUUUCUUAUUCUCAAUAAAUUAAUAUUCAUGUAAACAAUGAA